UGUCCUGUUCCUUUAAAAACUCCCCGUGCACCCUGUCUUCGCUGUAUGGCAGCGGUCUUCCUCAUUUUUCUGCUAUAGAUCUCAUUGUAACUCUACCGGAUCAUGGAUGUUCAUUGUACCGAGGAACUGUUCCCCUUUCACGGACUACUCCCCAAAAAAGAGACCGGGGCAGCGUCGUAUCUCACAAGGUUUCCCGAUCAUGAUGGACGGGGUGUUCUUAUCGCUAUCCUUGACACCGGCGUGGACCCGGGGGCCCCGGGCAUGCAGACCACGACGGAGGGUAAACCCAAAAUAAUUGACAUCAUUGAUACGACGGGCAGCGGUGACGUCAACAUGGUGACAGUGGUGGAGCCUAAGGAUGGGACGGUCACCGGGCUUUCUGGGAGAACCCUGAAAAUUCCUCCUACUUGGGUGAAUCCAUCUGGAAAGUACCACAUUGGAAUCAAAAACGGAUAUGAGUUCUUCCCUAAACCUCUCAAAGAGAGGAUACAGAAGGAGCGUAAGGAGAAGUUGUGGGACCCCGCACACAGGGCAGCGCUUGCGGAGGCCAGUCACCGGCUGGAAGAGUUUGAUGUUGCUCAUCCAUCGCCCUCCCAGGCUGAGAAGCUGCAGAAAGAGGAGCUCCAGUGUCAAUGUGAGCUGCUGGCGUCUCUGGAGAAGAAGUAUUCAGACCCAGGUCCGGUCUACGACUGCCUGCUCUGGAACGACGGGGUCACAUGGAGGGCCGUCUUGGACACGUCAGAGGGUGGAGAUCUGUGUAGCUGCACCGUGCUGACGUCCUACAGGGAGAAGCAGGAGUUUGCCACCCUGGGUGAUGCCGAGAUGCUCAACUACUCGGUCAACAUCUACAACGAUGGGAAAACCCUGUGCAUCGUCACCAGCGGAGGGGCUCAUGGAACCCACGUGGCGAGCAUCGCCGCGGGUCACUUCCCGGAUGAGCCGGAGCGUAACGGCAUUGCCCCUGGCGCCCAGAUCCUGGCGUUGAAGAUUGGUGACACGCGCCUCAGCACCAUGGAGACCGGAACCGGGCUGAUCCGGGCGAUGAUUGAGGUGAUCAACUAUAAGUGUGACUUGGUUAACUACAGUUACGGUGAAGCCACCCAUUGGCCCAAUUCCGGGAGGAUAUGUGAGGUGAUCACAGAGGCUGUUCAGAAACACAAUGUCUUGUUUGUGUCCAGUGCCGGGAACAACGGUCCCUGUCUGUCCACUGUGGGCUGUCCUGGAGGGACUACUAGUGGGGUUAUAGGAGUGGGAGCUUACGUCACCCCGGAUAUGAUGGUGGCAGAAUACUCCCUGAGGGAGAAGCUUCCCCCUAAUCAGUAUACGUGGUCCUCCAGGGGCCCCACCACAGACGGGGCCCUUGGGGUCAGCAUCAGUGCCCCAGGUGGGGCCAUUGCCUCCGUCCCCAACUGGACCCUGCGAGGGACCCAGCUCAUGAAUGGGACCUCCAUGUCAUCCCCCAAUGCAUGCGGCGGGAUUGCGCUGGUGCUCUCAGGUCUAAAGCAGCACGGGAUCUGUCCGUCCGUGGCCGCGGUGAGAAGAGCUCUGGAGAACACUGCUCUGAGAGUUGACGACAUCGAGCUGUUCGCCCAGGGAUACGGAAUCAUGCAGGUGGACCGAGCCGUGGACUACAUUACCCAGCAUACCCAUCUUCCGACUGCUAACCUGGGCUUUUCUGUGACUGUGGGAACCCAGCGAGGCAUCUACCUCCGAGAACCCACCCAGGUUCUGACCCCUUCUGACCACGGAGUUGGCAUCGAACCCAUAUUCCCUGAAAACACAGAGAACACUGAACGUAUCUCACUGCAACUCCACCUGGCCUUGACAUGCUCCGCCCCCUGGGUGCAGUGCCCCUCCCACCUGGAACUCAUGAAUCAGUGUCGUCAUGUCAACAUUCGGGUCGACCCCUUGGGCCUCAGAGAGGGAGUACACUAUACAGAGGUGUGUGGCUAUGACACUGCUGCACCAACCUGUGGCCAACUAUUCAGAAUCCCCAUAACGGUUAUAAUUCCUACUAAAGUUCCAGAGGGUCGCAGUCCAGAGGUGUCAUUUACAGAUGUCCACUUCAGACCAGGCCAGAUCAGACGGCACUUCAUCACAGUACCUCAGGGGGCUUCCUGGGCAGAGAUUACUCUGUCGUCUCAGAGUAGCGAUGUCUCUUCUAAGUUUGUCCUCCAUGCGGUCCACCUGGUGAAACAGAGAGCGUACCGAGCCAAUGAGUUCUACAAGUUCUCCUCUCUCCUGGAGAAGGGCUCUCUGACCGAGGCCUUUCCUGUCCUGGCGGGCCGGACUGUGGAGUUGUGUAUAGCCAGAUGGUGGGCUAGCCUAGGGGAUGUCAACGUAAACUACAACAUCUCUUUCCAUGGCCUCAUCACCUCCCCUUCACCUCUACACAUCCAUGCAUCAGAAGGUGUGACUAGUUUUGAGGUUUCGUCUCCUUUGAGAUACGAGGAUGUUUCUCCCAGCAUCACCCUAAAGAACUGGGUCCAGCCUCUCAGACCCCUCAGUUGUAAGACUAAAGCCUUGGGUCAAAGAGAUGUGUUACCCAACAACAGACAGCUCUAUGAGAUUGUCCUCACGUACAACUUCCACCAGCCUAAGUCAGGUGAGGUGACUCCCAGCUGUCCAUUGUUGUGUGAGCUCCUGUAUGAAUCAGAGUUUGACUCUCAGCUCUGGAUGCUAUUUGACCAGAACAAGAGGCUACUGGGCUCUGGAGAUGCCUACCCACACCAGUACUCUGUGAAGCUGGAGAAAGGCGACUACGUGGUGCGACUUCAGGUACGCCAUGAGCAGGCCAGUGAGCUGGAGCGUCUCAAGGACCUGCCGUUCAUCGUGUCUCACCGUCUGUCCACGGCGCUGACCCUGGACGUGUACGAGACACACCGCGCUGCCCUCCUGGCCAAGAAGAAGGCCAACUCUGUCACACUGGCCCCCGGCGCCAGUCAGCCCUUCUAUGUCACCCCUCUACCCGACGACAAGGUUCCUAAAGGGACCUCUCCGGGAUGCUAUUUGACCGGUUCCCUGGUUGUGCCCAAAGGAGAGUACGGGAAGAAAGCAGGACAGGCCUCUGCAAAACGACAAGGAAAAUUUAAAAAGGACAUUGUACCUGUUUUUUACCACCUCAUCCCUGCUCCUAACAAAACCAAGAAUGGGGCCAAGGAGAAGGAGAAGGAUGGAGAGAAAGAGAAAGACGUGAAGGAAGAGUUUGCCGAGGCGCUCCGAGACCUGAAGAUCCAGUGGAUGACCAAGUUGGACACCAGCAGUCUCUAUGACGAGUUAAAGGACAACUUCCCCACAUACCUGCCUUUACAUGUACAGAGGCUUCACCAGCUUGACUCUGAGAAGGAUCGUUUAAAGCGUCUCGGUGACAUCGUGGUGGCAGCCGACAUAAUUCUGUCUCAGAUCGACCAGACGGCCCUGGCGGUCUACCUCACCAUGAAGGCAGACCCUCGACCAGACGCUGCCACCAUCAAAAGCGACAUGGACAAGCAGAAGUCCUCUCUGCUGGACGCCCUGUGCAGGAAGGGCUGUGCCCUGGCCGACCUCCAGCUGCCUGCCUUGUCUCCGGACGGAGCCAGCGCUCUGGGGACCGGGGAGGGGGCUGAGGCUGGGGAUGGGGGGGCUAAAGACGGGGAGGUAACCAGCUCUGAUGACGCCCAACAGGGCGGGGUCAAAUCCCUGACGGACACCUUCUGGGAGCUGCAGAAGUGGGUGGAGCUGACAGACUCAAAGGUGUUAACGUUCUCAUACAAACACGCCUUGGUGAGUCAGAUGUACGGCAGAGCCCUGAAGUACGCCUCCAAGAUCGUAGAAGAUAAACCCACUAAAGAAAACUUAAAAAACUGCAUCCAGCUGAUGCGCUCUCUUGGCUGGAUGCAUUGUGCCACCUUCACAGAGAACUGGCUUCCUGUCAUGUACCCCGCUGAAUAUACACCCUUCUAGAUCUCAUCGGGUCCCUGACACACACACACACACACACACACACGCACACACGCACACGCGUGUGCACAUGCAAGGCAGGUCAUGGAUUGACCAUGUGACUGUAAUCCAGGAACAACCAAGGAUUUCCUUUUUUACCAAGUCAGGCCGAAUGCCCCUGUGUUUUCUCUCUACAGUUUGGGAGGAUGAUAACUACCCAGCUACUCCCUCUGCUCUUCUUUUUGGCUGUGAACAGGAACAGAUGUACAGAAUGAAUCGGAUUUGUUUAUGCGUCUGGACGUUUUCAUUCACACGUGCUAUUUCAAUUUUUAACUGCAGAAAUGUACAUUUGCGUCAUGACGCGCAUUAUAAAGAGGUGAUAAAAAUAUAUAAAACUGUUAUUAUUCUCCCUUAGGUAUUUUAAAUGUGUGCAUGUCUUGAAGAGUAUAAGCAAAGUUUAGUCUGGAAGGGGAUCAUUUUGAUUUUACUUUACAUCAUAUUGAAAGAGCUUUUUAACCCUCAGUGUCCAGGUUUGUUACUGUGUGUUUGUCUUUUGGAGUUCCUAGAAAGGUUUGAAUGGCCUUGCUUGUUUCCAGGGUUACGCCCUGGUCUGGACCUCUGUAUAUUUACCACCUUUUUCACCCUCCCACAUUCUGAAGGGAAAAUUUAAGUGUUUGGGGUUUUAGUUUUGUUCUGAAGUUCAGGGUUCCUCCGUCUGUCCGGUUGCCAAUGACCGUUCUCCUAAUGGCCUUAAUGUCAUCAACACCAGGACCUUCUGUAUCCUCCUCCACAGGCUCCAGAUGUUAGAACAACCUCUAUGGCUGCAUACCAAUAAGAACCCUGUUUCCUGUAGUGCUUCACAGGACGCUGGGCAAAAGUAGUACACUGUAUGUGUGGAAUAGGCUACAGUUUGGAAUGCGUCCUCUGUUUCUGCUGGACUCAAAAGUUCUUUUGGAUAAUAUUUAUGGAUGUCUUGUAUUUAUAUUAGAAGGAAAACCGUAGUCAAUUGAUGCCAAUAUUUUACGGAAUGUUAUUAACAUUUUACGGGAAAGGUACAGUAGUUAUUCUUUUAUAACCAUAUUCUUCCUCAGCGGCAUAUAAAGGUAUUGAAAGUACCACCAUGCUAUUUUGUUAUCACAGUACAUGUAAUGAAAUGAUAUCACAAAUGGUAAAAUAAUUCUCAAUAAAAGUUUUGGAAGAAUA